AUGGUGGUCUACGAAUUGUGGCCCGCUCUCAAUGAUGGCGGCUCGGGGCUUGCGGCCCUAGCUUGGGUGCUGGCUACGGCGGUGCUGGCACUGGUCGGCAGCAUCUUGGCGGUGGUCGGCUCUGCUGCAGUGUGGGUGGUGUGGGCACGGCUUGCCAGGAUCGCGACGACGCACGCGGUCGAGUACCCGAGGCCGAUGGGCACAACCGAGGUGGCAUGGCGGACGCUGACGACUGCAGUCAAGAAGAUCCCUGGCCUGGCUGGCAAGCCGUCGACUCAGACUGCCUUUUACCGAUUGAUCCGGUCGCUCGCGCUUGCUGGCCCGUUCCUCAACCGCUACACCCGGACAGUCAGCAUGAUGGUCUUCGUCACCUGCGACUCGUCGGAGAACGACCUGCAGGAGGCUAUGGCUGAAGACUCGCCGCCGCUAAACUUUGGCUCGAACCUCUCAUGGCUCUCUCCAAUGGCCGGCGCGCCACCGAUCCUGGCGCCACUGGCCCGAGUCGGCAUCGACAUGGUCCGGCUCCUCACGGAUCCCCAGUUUCCGUUCUCGCUCCUCGGCGCCGUCCACGCUCGGCAAGCGAUCCGGACCCAUCUCCCGCUCGAGCCACUUCGCAAGGUUCUCCUCCAGUCAUCGCUCCAGAGUGAGAUGCAGAUCGACGCGUUCCGGCCUGUCCGUCGCGGCACAGAGAUCGACAUUGUCAUCUCGAUCGCGCAUGUCGGCGAGGAGCGCAAAGCCAUCAUUGACUAUGUUGUCACCAUCUUGGCCUUUCACACACACCCGGAGUCGGCUCUUGACUCGUUAGCCUCAUCUCGCCCACCUUGGAACCAUGCGCCACUCGAUGAGCUCGUGCCUGUUGGCCGGCUGGCGGUCCCGGCCGGAGCUGGCAAGGCCUUUGCCACGGUCUGUGGUGACCGCAACCCUAUCCACAUCUCGCCGGUUGCUGCCCGGCUGUUUGGCUUUCCCGGCUGCAUCGCCCACGGAAUGCAUGUUGCAGCGCCGAUUGUCGAUACCGUUCUUUCAUCGUACACGGAGCCUGCAAACGCGGCGGGUCUCACCAUCCACAUUGGAUUCUCCAAGCCCGGCUGCAUGUUUGGCUGA